AUGGGUUUGAAGAUUAGUUUUUCCUCUAUUGUUUUGCUGUUAUUGCUCACACGUGUUGUAGAGGGACAACCGGGGGUGUUCGACGUGACCAAAUUCGGAGCAAAACCCGACGCAGAUAUCGGCCCGGCUUUAGUGAGUGCUUGGAAAGAGGCAUGUGCGUCGGUGACUCCAAGUACAAUAUUGAUUCCAAAGAACAAUUAUGCAUUAAGUCAAGUGCUGUUUGAAGGUCCCUGCAAGUCUUCUAUAAAUUUUCAGAUCCAAGGUACAGUGAAAGCUUCUGGUGAUCCCAGUGCGUUCAAGGCCAAUGGUCCGGGGCUCCCCGGAUGGGUUACUUUCGAACACGUUGACCUCUUAACCGUAUCCGGCGGAGGAACUUUCGAUGGCCAAGGAGCUACUGCUUGGAGCAAAAAUGAUUGCCAAACAAAUAGCAACUGUGCCAAACUUCCCAUUAGUCUAGUUUUCAAUUUCGUCACCAAUUCAGUGGCCCAAGACAUAACUUCCCUAAACAGCAAAAAUUUCCAUCUUCAAGUUUUUGGUGCUGAUAACAUGACUGUUCAACAUGUCACCAUCACUGCACCCGGAGAUAGCCCCAACACGGACGGAAUCCAUGUUGGACGUUCAACUAAGGUCACCAUCAAUGAUACUCAGAUCGGAACCGGAGAUGAUUGUAUCUCCAUUGGCGACGGCACCCAACAACUUACCAUCGAGAAAGUGACCUGUGGCCCGGGACAUGGUAUAAGCGUAGGAAGUCUUGGCAAGUUCCCUGAAGAAAAAGAAGUGGUUGGAGUCUUCGUUAGAAAUUGUACACUCACCAAUACAUUGAAUGGUGUAAGAAUCAAAACAUGGCCGGCUUCCCUCCCUGGCAGUGCCUCUGAUAUGCACUUUGAGGAUAUCAUCGUGAAUAAUGUUGGCAAUCCUGUUAUGAUUGAUCAAGAGUAUUGCCCCUCUAAUCAGUGCUCAAAAAAGGCUCCCUCGCGUGUCAAGGUCAGCAAAGUUAGCUUCAAAAACAUAAAGGGCACUUCAUCAACACAGCUUGCCGUGAAGCUUCUUUGUAGUGAGAGUAUUCCAUGCGAAAAUGUGGAGGUUGGUGACAUUGAUCUCGCCUACAGUGGACCGGAAGGCCCUCCCACAACCAUCUGUUCUAAUGUGAAGCCCAUUUUUUCGGGCAAACAGAAUCCUCCGACGUGCGUCGGUGGUUCUCAAUCUUCUUAA